AUGGCAGCAGACGGAGACUACACGUUUAAGGAAUUAGGAAAGACGUCAAGAUUCGUCCUGCACUCGUAUCAAGUGCUCGACCUUUGGAGACAUGAACAUCCCGGCAAGGAAAUAUCAUGGAAAGACUAUAUGGCAUGGGUGUUGUCUUCACAUUUCUCCGCACAGACGACCCCACGGCCCAUUCAAGUACUGCUUCAGUCCUUGUCUGGAAACGUCCUGCUGUAUACUCAUACGAAAGAGUCAUGUACGGACAUGCUGGAUUCGCGAUCUAAUGCGAGAUCGUUUCGCGUGUGUAAGAGCACGUUUGCGACAAGAGGAACUGAUGGACGUGUUCGUGCUCUUAUCGAGCAUGUCCUGACUUCACACCUUCCUAUGAGAGUUAUGGCGUUGAUCUGCCCUUCAUUCACGUUCAUCGGAGAGAGCAAGACUCGUCGCAAGUCAAGUCCUUUCCCGACUACUGAAGCAACCCCCUUUCAACAGCUGCUACACGUCUCAGCCGUGGUCAAGCUCAUGGCAAUUGUCAAUAGAAGCAGGCCGAGUAAACGACGACGUCUGAACGCAACGCCGGAUGAGGCUGUCAAAGUUCUCUCUGUACAAGGUCUAACCGACUUGCGUGACCCACUUCCGCAGAAGAUUGGCUACAUCAUCGAGACUGUUGUCGGUGCUUGGAAUUGCUUUGCAGAGUACCUCGGAUUUCAAAGCUUGGAAAGGAUGAGUGCACCCUACUUGAGAUUGGUAUCUCCCUUGGCGCAGUUUGAAGUGAUUCCAACCCGAGAAGAAGGGUUUGCACCACUGUCUACGCUGGUCAAGUUUGUUGAAGACAUGCCGGCAACAAACGAUCGAACGAAGACCUUUACCGAUGCCUUCGAUCGGCCUGCAAUCGUUGACAGCAACCUUCGCAAGUUUGUGGGAGACUUUUUUCAAGAUUUGGAACGCGCGUUAUUGUCAAGUGAUCUCUACUCUGCUACAGAAGUCAAGGAAAUGUUCUUUCUGACCAAGUACGUUCGACGCAGGGGCAUCCUGCCCCCGAGAUUCCGAUCCUACUGUGCAGCAUUGGUGAGACAGGUCAAAUCCUAUACGAGUGAAAUCGCUUCCUCAGCGGCUGUUCCCGGUGAUCCUUUUCCUCCUCCUUCGCCAGGUGCAACGACGAAUCUGGCUUCUGCUUCUAGUCAGGUCGUAUGUGCACGGCACGUUCUUCAAGUGGUGGGGGAGGCUGAAUCCACUUCAACUGCGUCGGAUGAAGCCUCUCUGGAAGCUUUGAAUGAGGGAGAGGACGUGCACAACGAGCGGAUCAUUUUCUCUGAGAUGAGGAAAGCAGCCGUGAGGAUGUACAACUGCGACUUUGAAUCUUUCAUUGAAGCGUACGAUGCCCUGACCGAAGACGAAGAGCUGCAUGGAAAAGUUCAACUUGUCCUAACGGACCCUCCCUUCAAUGUCCGAAGGGACAGGGGCCGCAACCAUGCUGAUUACGAUGAAAUCCGGAAAGAACAGUAUGAGUCUUUCGUUAACUGCGUCGACAAGAUGCUUCGUCCAGGAGGGCAUGCGCUGAUAUUCUGCUCCGCUCAGCAAUUCACUAUAUGGAGAGAAGCAUUCACCGCCCAUCCUACGACGUCUGGAGACUCAUCAUCAUCGUCUCAAGCAAGCCAGCCCACAUUUUGGGUUGCAUCCACUCCGCUGUACUGCAUAUACCAUCCAUCUGUAUGCAAUGGGUUCCCUGGACGCGCGACGUUUGCGCUGUCCAACAUGGCAGAAGUGGUCAUUCAUGUCAUGAAGAAGGGUCCACAGUUCAAGGAAGGGAGGCUCAUGGUGAACUACAAGUGUUUCAACUACGUUCCCUCCGAGUACCGUGCGACUCGCAAUGUCAUUAACAAUGUCAUGGGCCUCGUUCCGGGAGAACGGCACAUGGUCAAGAUCGGAGAUACCUCUCGCAUGCUAAGGCCAGAGCAGAAAUGCGUGUCCCUUUUGAAAGAGCUCAUCUGUCGUUUCUCCCAGGCAGGAGACAUUGUUGUGGACCCGUUUGCCGGAACAUUUUCAACGGCUAUCGCAUGUUUCAAUCUGGACAAGGAUAAUGGAGCAAGGAGAUUUAUUGGUUGCGAAAAAGAAGCUGUGUGCUUCGAGCACGCCAAGAAGAAGGUCAUUGAGAGCUACGCGGGGGCUAUUGUGAACAAGCUGGUGGACGUAGGUCAGGUCAUGACGGACGACGACAUCCAUGGUGCAGCUCUGUAUGUGCACAACAGGAAUGGAAAUAGAAGAAGCAGGAAUGGGAAGUGGGCACCCCCGUCGGGCCUACCUCCCUACCAGACUUUUCCAGAUCACAUUCUAGCCUAUCUUUCAACGGCCUGGGAAAGCCCUGAGUUGAUUCAGAAAUGUCGCAAUGUUCCGCUCAACGCUUGGAAACGCGAACUACAAGGUCGUUUUCAUCAAACAGACGUCCACGCCCUCCGAGCGAUAGAGGCAGUUCAAUUCGGCGUAGCGUUGGCGCCCUCUUCUGUUCGGCAUCCGAAGGCGGGACUCGGGCUUUUUGCUACAAGAACAUUCGACGUUGACGACGACAUCUGCCUCUACUACGGCACGUUGGUCUAUCAUGACCUUAUUCGGUCUAAGUCGAAGAACAAGCCAUACGGAGAAGGGCUGAUGGGAGUGGACCGCGAACGCUUCAUGACCUAUGCCAUGCUGGUGCCAACGCAGGGACGAGUUUUUCAGAAUGUGACGGACCUUAUUGAUGGACAAAAGGCCAUUUCAAUCGUCCCUUCCAGAUUUUGCGUCGGGGCUUUCAUCAACGACCACCGCUAUCACCCAGAUGAUAAGGAUCACAAAGAUUUUGUUGACGGUCGUCUCGCCAAUCCGAGAAACGUCAACGUUGCAUAUGAUCUGUCGGUGUCAAAAGUGACCUCGACGUCUGCGUUGCAGAAACACACGCUGAUGCGCGUCAAGGCAUUGAGGCUUAUCAAUCCUGGAGAGGAACUGUUCGCCGACUACAUUAGAGAUAUCUUCAUAGAGUAG